GUUGGAUCUCAACAGCUUCCUGGAGGACAAGGGAGGCAACCCAGAACUCAUUCGCGAGUCUCAGCGACGUCGACAUGCGCCUGAAGAAGCCGUUGACGAAGUCAUUGCUCUGCAGAAGGAAUGGCUGGCUGUACGAUUUGAGCUCGACCGGCUCAACGAAGAUAUGAACAAGAACCAAAAGGAAAUCGGCCUCAAGAUGCGUGCAAAGGAAGAUGCAAGCGCGUUACUCACCAAGAAGCAAGAGUUCGAAGUGCGUAAGGCGCAGCUGAUUGCAGAUGAAGCUGCACGGGAUAAAGCACUCAGGCGUAAAGCCGUCACUAUUGGCAAUUUGGUCCACGACAGUGUGCCGAUCAGCAAUGAUGAGGAGAACAAUGAGAUUGUGCGUACCUAUGCACCGCAAGACUCCCACAUUGAGGUAGAAACGCAGGCGGGCGAGGACAAGGUGACCAAGUCCAUUGAUAUCACGGUGGAGAAGAAGACCUGCCUGUCGCAUCACGAAGUCCUUGUGCGUAUUGAUGGCUACGAUCCAGAACGUGGCGUCAAGGUUGUGGGACACAGAGGAUAUUUCCUGCGUCAGUAUGGCGUCUUCCUCAACCAGGCACUCAUCAACUACGGUCUACACUUCUUGUCUGACCGUGGCUACAUUGCACUACAAACACCUCAGAUGAUGAACAAGGAUGUCAUGGCCAAGACUGCUCAGCUCGAGCAGUUCGAUGAGGAGUUGUAUAAAGUGGUUGAUGGCGACGAUGAAAAAUAUCUGAUUGCCACGUCUGAGCAGCCCAUCUCUGCAUUUCACUCUAACGAAUGGAUGGACACCACGAGCGCACUACCCAUCAAAUACGCUGGCUUCUCGUCUUGCUACCGCCGCGAAGCAGGCUCUCAUGGAAAAGACGCUUGGGGCAUCUUCCGUGUCCACACGUUUGAAAAGAUUGAACAAUUCGUGCUGACGGCACCCGACAAGUCCUGGGAGAUGUUCGAUGAGAUGAUUGGACACAGUGAGGCCUUUUACCAAUCUCUCAAGCUGCCGUAUCGCGUGGUUGCUAUCGUCUCUGGUGCACUCAACAAUGCCGCAGCGAAAAAGUAUGAUCUCGAAGCAUGGUUCCCCUUCCAGGGCGAGUACAAGGAGCUUGUGUCUUGCUCAAAUUGUACCGACUACCAGUCUCGCCGAUUGGAAAUCCGAUUCGGUGCAAAGAAGCAAGGUGAGCGAGAGAAGAAGUACGUGCACUGUCUCAACUCAACGCUGUGCGCUACAGAGCGUGCAUUGUGCUGCAUCCUUGAGAAUUACCAAACACCAGACGGCGUGAUUGUGCCAGAAGUGCUGCGGCCGUACAUGGGAGGCAAGACAUUCCUUCCCUACACGAAACCGUUGCCAAAGAACUCGACAAGCACAAAGUGGAAGUAGCCUGUUUCCCAUAGCAUAAAUGUGAC